CGGGGCAGCGGCGGCGGCAGCAUGGCGGCGGGGCUGGACGCGCUGAGCCUGUUCGCGGCCAUCGGCCUGAGCGAGCCCAAGGCUCGCGAGACCCUGAAGAACGAGGCGCUGAGCGCGCUGCUCCGGGAAGCCGUGACCCAGGCACAAGGAGUCCUGGGCCCAACUGUCGACAAGGCAACUGGAACCCUCCUGUACAAUGUGGCUUCCCGGCUUAAGGACCAAAAGCGUCUUCGUUUCCUUGUGGGCUGCAUCACCAGCAAGAAGAUCGUCACAGACUUGCAGCUCAGUGCUGCCCUGGAGUACGUGCGGAGCCACCCGCUGGACCCCAUCGACACGGCAGACUUUGAGCAGCAGUGUGGCGUGGGGGUGGUCGUGACCCCAGAACAGAUAGAGGAGGCCGUGGAGGCGGCUGUUCACAAGCACCGAGCUGAGCUGCUGUCGGAGCGGUACCGCUUCAACAUGGGGCUGCUGAUGGGCGAGGCGCGCGGCAGGCUGAGGUGGGCGGAUGGCAAGAGCAUUAAGAACGAAGUGGACCUGCAGGUGCUGCACUUGCUGGGCCCGAAGACAGAAGCUGACCUGGAAAAGAAACCAAAGGCUGGGAAGGCCAAGCCGGCCGAGGCGGAGAAGCAGCAGGCGGUGGCGGAGGAGAACGGUGGAGUGACCCUGGAAACAAAGUCGCUGAUGGAGCAACUGAGGGGAGAAGCCCUCAAAUUCCACAAGCCCGGUGAGAACUACAAGACAGAAGGCUACGUGCUCACGCCGCACACCAUGACCCUGAUGAAGCAGCACCUGGAGAUCACUGGCGGGCAGGUGCGGACACGGUUCCCCCCGGAGCCCAACGGGAUCCUGCACAUCGGCCACGCUAAAGCCAUCAACUUCAACUUCGGCUAUGCCAAGGCCAACGGGGGCGUGUGCUUCCUGCGGUACGAUGACACCAACCCCGAGAAGGAGGAGGAGAAGUACUUCAGCGCCAUCCGGGACAUGGUGGAGUGGCUGGGCUACAAGCCGCAUGCCGUGACACAUGCCUCGGACUACUUCGACCAGCUGUACGCGUGGGCCGUGGAGCUCAUCCGGCGGGGCCACGCCUACGUCUGCCACCAGCGGGUGGAAGAAAUCAAAGGCCACAACCCUCCGCCCUCCCCGUGGCGGGAUCGGCCCGUGGAAGAGUCACUCCUCCUCUUCGAGGGGAUGAAGAAGGGGAAGUUUGAGGAGGGGGAGGCCACGCUGCGAAUGAAGCUGGUGAUGGAAGACGGGAAGCUGGACCCUGUCGCCUACCGCAUCAAAUACAUGCCACACCACCGGACCGGGGACAGAUGGUGCAUCUACCCCACGUACGACUACACGCACUGCCUGUGCGACUCCAUUGAGCAGAUCACCCACUCGCUCUGCACCAAAGAGUUCCAGGCCCGGCGCUCCUCCUACUUCUGGCUGUGUAACGCGCUGGGCGUGUACUGCCCCGUGCAGUGGGAGUACGGGCGCCUGAACCUGCUCUACACCGUGGUGUCCAAGAGGAAGAUCAUCCGGCUGGUGGAGGCGGGCGCCGUCAGGGACUGGGACGACCCGCGGCUCUUCACGCUCACGGCCCUGCGCCGCCGAGGUUUCCCCCCCGAGGCCAUCAACAGCUUCUGUGCGCGGGUAGGGGUGACGGUGGCGCAGACGACGAUGGAGCCCCACCUGCUGGAGGCGUGCGUGCGGGAGGUGCUGAACGAGCGGGCCCCCCGCGCCAUGGCCGUGCUGCAGCCCCUCCGAGUCACCAUCACCAACUUCCCCACCCAGAAGGCCCUGGAAGUUCUCGUGCCCAACUUCCCAGCCGACGAGACCAAGGGCUUCCACAAAGUCCCCUUCCAGGCCACCAUCUACAUCGAGCAGAGCGACUUCAGGGAGGCUCUCCCCUUGCAGGUGCUGGACAAAGGCUACAAGCGGCUGGCACCCGGCCAGCCAGUGGGGCUGAGACACACCGGCUACGUCAUUGCUGUCCAGAACGUCGUCAAGGAUGCUGGCGGGCAGGUGAUGGAGCUGGAGGUGACCUGCACCAAGUCGGACGCUGUGGAGAAGCCCAAAGCCUUCAUCCACUGGGUGUCGGAGCCGCUGGUCUGCGAGGUGCGGCUCUACGAACGGCUGUUCUUGCACAAAAACCCCGAGGACCCUGCAGAGGUGCCAGCUGGGUUCCUGAGUGACCUCAACCCCGACUCGCUGCGCGUGGUCGCCGGUGCCCUGGCUGACGCAUCCGUCCGCUCCGCCAAGCCCCUGGACAGGUUCCAGUUUGAGCGGCUGGGCUACUUCUCGGUGGAUCCCGACAGCGCGGAGGGGAAGAUGGUGUUUAACCGCACGGUGACGCUGAAGGAGGAUCCCGGCAAGGUGUGACGGAGCCGCUGCUGCCGCCUUGGCUCUGGCUGUGCCCAGGCCCGUUCUGGCCCGGGGCGAGGGCGACCCAGGAACAAGGGCCCGGCCCACGCCCGAGGGCCCCAGCUGCCUUAACCCAGACCCCGCGGGGCUGGCGCAUCUCGCCGCAAUAAACGUGCACUGGAGCUGC